AAUUUUGUGUUUUUUUAUUUUUUUAUUUUUUUAAUUUUUUAAUUCGAGGAUUUUUGUAGAGAGAGAAACUUUGAAUGCUUGUGAGUGAGCUGUGCGAGAGAGGAAGAGUAUUUCACAAGCUCACUGCCUUCGCUGAUUUUGAGGCAUUCCAUUCCACUGAGAGAGGGGAGAGGGACAGAGAGAGAGGAAAGAAAUUGGGGAGCAAGUUUCGUUCUUCCCCCAUUCAUAUUUUCAAUUUCUUCUUCUUGUUUCUGCAUUUUGGUGUUCGUUUUUCUUCCUAGAUUCUUCUUCCAUUGCGGAGGAGAGGAGGAAACAAGCUUGGCCAUUGCCAGAGGUAAGCAUUUGCAGUGUUUGAAGAUAAAGCUGAGGCAGAGGUUACUUACUUCACAGAGAAAUCAGUUCCACUUUGAAUUCAGCUAUAACCAUGGCUGACUCUGGUUCUGAGCUGUGUCCUGUUCAGUCUGCUGUGCUGGGGCACAAAUCCAUAAGCAACUCCUUUUUCAGUGUCCCUGGUCUUUUUGUUGGCUUAAAUUUCAAAGUUUCUUCAGAUUCUGAUUCAGUCAAGAGUCCCACCUCUCCAUUCGGAUUUAGGGUAUUUUCAAAUCUUAGCAACUCUGUGGGAUCCCCUAAGUCAUCCCAUGAUGGACAUAGGAGGUGCUGGGAUUGUAGUAAAGUAGGAUUAGGCAUAGUUGAUUCUCUUGAUGAUGAUCAUAAGCUAUCUGGUAAAGCUCUUGGAUCAUCUGAGGGCAAGAACAUCAUUUUUGGACCUCAAAUUAGAACCAAGAGUCACACCCCAAAUCUUGUAGGGCCUAGAUCUUUGCCUAAGAAUUGUCCGAACUUCCCGCCAUCACAGUUCAAAGCAAGGCACGGUGGUGGUGGUGGUGGCUCGGAGGUUUUCUUUGAAAUUGGAGAACCAUUAGAAUCCAAGCCUUCAAAGAAAAGCGGGGCUUGUUCACUGGAUGCACCCCGGUUUGUUUCAGCAGCAUCAUAUGGUGUAAAAGGCCAUAGCUUGUUCCAUUCUUCAAAUCCAUUCGUGAAGAAAGUGUCGACCAAUGACGAUUUGGAGCCUCAUGACAAAAUUCUACCUGCAGAUAGUUCAACCCCAGCAUCUGUCAUGCUGCCUGUAACCGGGAUCAUUGAGUCUCUUUCUGCAGACGAAAUCGAGCUCUCGGAGGAUUAUACUCGUGUAAUAUCCCAUGGUGCCAAUCCAAAAACCACUCACAUUUUUGGUGACUGCAUUUUAGAAUGUCACUCUAAUGAUUUGAACAACAUGAUCAAGAAUGAAGUGAAGGAGAUAGAAUCUCCUCUGUCAGCUCAAAGCAACCUGGACGUUUCUUUUUCAUGUCAACCAAUUGAUUUCCUGAGUUUUUGUUACUUUUGCAACAAAAAACUUGAAAGUGGGGAAGACAUAUACAUUUACAGGGGCGAGAAAUCAUUUUGUAGCUCGGACUGCCGCUAUCGGGAGAUGUUAAUCGAAGAAGAAUUGGAGAAAUCUGUUUGUGAAGUUUUCAAACACUCUCCAACUUCGAGAGAUGGCAAAGAAGAGUUUGGAACUCAUGGUGUCAUUUUUGAAUGAACAGGUCGGUCACCUCCACGGCCAAUUGUGGAAACAAAUGCUGCGCGGUCAUCUGUUAACAGAAGAGCUGCUGUUGCUCAUGGCAGCCAUGGAUGAUCCUCUGUAUAUUGAAUGAUGCAUUUGUUUGAUCUGCAUUUCACUGUUAGGGUCUGAGUGGAGGAUGAACUUAUAGACAUGUUUUUUUCCUUCUUUUUUUCCUUUUGGGUUUUAAUUUUCACAUAAAUUUGGCAAUUUUAUUGUCAAGCCAAGCUUGUAUUGCUGCCUUGUAGAAGAGUUCACAGGGUAGAAGCCUGCUUUUAUGGCUCCCCCAUCUUCUCUCUAAUUUUCUGGCUUGUAUCUUUUUAAUGGCCAGAUAUUCAUAUACUACAAAA